CAAUGGGUUCCCUGCGCCGCUGGGUCCUAGAGAGAUCUGCGGUGUACAGGCACUGUGCUGCUGCGCUAUAUUUCAGUGAGUUAUGGCAUUCACUGUUCGGGAGGCGACAGUGGAAGACACGGUGCAGAUCGCUGCACUGAUUAAGGAACUGGCUGAAAAUGAAAACCUUUCGGAACAGGUCACGCAGGCUGAAGAAGGCCUGAUACGGGAUGGAUUCACAGAAGGUCCCUAUUACAAAAGUCUUGUGGCAGAGGUUCCAGCAGAUCAGGCGUGUCGAGGACACACUGUUGUGGGCUUUGCCUUAUACUUCCCCAGCUACGGGACGUGGAAGGGAAGAGCCAUUUACCUGGAAGAUCUGUACGUCAUGAAGGGUUUUCAUGACCGAGGAAUUGGUGAUGCACUUCUGCAGAGAGUGACGGAGAUCGCGAUACAGAACAAAUGCUCCCUGGUGAACUUUGUUGUCCGGAAUAACAACUUUCCAAGCAUUGACUUCUACCAGGCGAAGGGGGCCGUGGAUCUGACCAAGUCGGAAGGCUGGCAUCUCUUCAGGUUGGAGCAGGAACAGCUGGAAAAGCUAACAGGAGGAAAGGGGCAGAAUGUCCCGGCCUCUCCCUCUCCAUAAACAGGGAGAGCACAGAGAAUUCCCCGUGAACAGGAGAAAUCCCACCCUGGCCUUGGAGAAUGGGGAAUCCUUAUGUAAACAUGUCACGCUACAGUCAUAGCCUCCCACCAGUGUGUGGCGCUACAGGAGGCUGACCACCUGCCCAAUCAGAGAGAAACUCUCACUGAAGUAACUCCGGUGUAGAGUCCGUCCUUAACAUCCAUAAUAACCUGUUAGCCUCAUUUCUGUUAGCCUUACAAAUAAACUCAGAGACUGUUUUCAA